AUGACAGCGACGGCGAUCGCGGCGCCGCUGGGGCUCAAGCUCUCGUACUUUCGCCGGUUCAUCGAGCUCCAUGGUGGCGAUGCGUCGUUCGAGGGCUUGACGACCGCGCAAGUGUGCUUCAAGUACGUCGUGCCAUUCACCGAGACGUCCGGUCAGUCGCUCGUCGAGCACGUCCGGCUCCACACCGCCGACGCCGACUACGUGCAGCCAUCGAAUUGGUACAUUAGCCACGCGUGGCUGUACACGUUUACAGAGACGCUCUCGUCGCUCGAGCUCUUCUUCGCGGCCAAGGGCAUCCAGGAUCCCGUUGUGUGGUUCUGCGUCUUCAACAACAACCAGCACGAAGCCAAGGACUACCCGUUCUCGUGGUGGCAGUCGACGUUCAAGGACUCGCUUGCGGCCAUCGGCAACGUCGUCAUGAUCAUGCACCCGUGGAAGAAUCCGAUCACGCUCACGCGGUCCUGGUGCGUCUUUGAGGUCUAUGUCGCCAUCUCGGUCGGCGCCAGCUUCGACGUUGCGCUUGCGCCGGCGCAAGCCGAUAGCUUCUUUCUCGACAUGACCAACGACAAGAUCGACGCGCUCUACGAGAUGCUCGGGAGCAUCAACAGCGAGAACGCCCGCGCGACCGUCGGCUCCGACAAGACGAGCAUUGACGCAGUGAUUGCAACCGAAAUUGGCUUUCCGGCGCUGGACCGCAUGGUCUUUGAGGUGCUCGACAACUGGAUGCAGUCGGCGCUGCGUGAGCGCGUUCACAAGUCGCAAGGGUCUCUGGAUGCCGCCAAGUACAACGCCGCCCUCGCGGGUCUCCUUUGUCACCAGUGCCAAUUUGACCAAGCCGUCGCACCCUGUGAGGCGGCGCUGCAGCUGUACGAGGCGACGCUGGGCCCAAAUGCGCGCGAGUCCCUCGAGUCGCGAGGCUUUCUCGGUGUUAUCUACGGCCUCCAAAACAAGCGCAUCGAGGUCUGGGAACCGAUUUUGGUCGAUGCCAUCGCCGCGCUGACCGACAUCGGUGGCCGCGCCGACUCGGCCGUCAUGAACGCACUGUACCACUUGGGGCUCUUUUACCUCUCGCACGCCGAGGUCGAGAAGGGCCGGGCGGUCUGGUCUGAGGCUCUGCAGCUCUUCCACGAGGUGCUCGGACCCACGCACCCGAGAACCCUAACCAUCGUCUACACUAUCCGGCAGCUCGACGAUGCGAGUACGACGGACGCCGCCCUCGCCGCAGAGAUGGCGAUCGAGUGCUACAUGGGCCUUCUCCAAGUCCUCGGCAAGGACAACCCGAUGACGUUGAAUGCGAUGAUGAACGUCGGUCUUGUCUUCGCCCAGCACGACAAGCUCGACGACGCUCUGCAGUGGCACUUGGAAGCGUACACGGGCCUCGACCGCGUCUGCGGCCUCACGCACACGCACACGCUCUGGGCGCUCCUCGGCGUCGGCGAGACACUCGUCGCCCUUGGUAAGUUUCCCGACGCGAUCGAGAACCUGCACCGCGUUCACGACGGCACCAAGGGCUUGGGCAUGGACAACUCGCUGCUGGCGGCGCUCGCGUCCGAGCAGCUCGGUUUGGCGUACUUUUCGCUCGAGGAGUACGACAUGGCCAUGGCCUUCUACUUGGCAUCGGUGCGAUCCCUUGAGGUCCUGGAGCGACUGCCGGUAGCAACCAUGUCCAUCGUGCGCUUGCUCAUGUGUUACGACCGCCUCAACAUGUCCGUGCCGCUGACGGACUUGGAUGCGAUGAUGCGCUUUGCCGUGGCCGCGGAUCUGUGGCACGAGACGCGGGAGAAGGUCGGUUGCGACCUCUGCGGCAUUCCCGAGCUGUAUGGCACCGUGUAUGUGUGCCCGGUCUGCCCGAUCGGCACCCAAGUUGCCUGUGCAGCGUGCUCUGCUGUCGUGCCGCAGUGUCCCGAGUGCCAAGUGGUGGACCUCGUGCCAAGUGCGCCGCCGCCUCGCAUGCUGCUGACGCGCAAGCUGCGCCUUCUCGCGAAGGAGGAUCAACCGGCUUUGCUCACGUCGACUCAAGAAGAGCUCCGCGCGUACUGCGACGUCCAUGGAGUCGUUUCUAUCGACAAGGACAUCCAGGCGACACCGGAGGCGGCCACCACCACGACCGACGUGAUGUUCGGCUGGUUCAAGAAGGCGACGCCGGUCUGGGCUGGCUACACGUUCGACGGCCUCGUGGCCGUGCACGCGCAGCUCGUGCGCUUCCGCGAGCUGCCCGAGGCGACGCUGGUCGAGCUCCUCCGCGUGCUCUCCGAGUUCCUCAUCUACAGCGACCAGCACAGCGGCGAGGCCUUCUUCUUCGACUUCUUCUGCGAGAAGAACAUGAUGGCGCUCUUCGUCGCGAUCGCGAAUAGCCGGUCGCCGAGCUUCCGCGUGCAGGUGCAGCUGCUGCAGACGCUGAGCCUCCUCGUGCAGAACAUCUCGACGGCCACGUCGCUCUACUACAUCCUCAGCAACAACUACGUCAACAAGCUGCUCACGUGCCGCAUGUUCCGCCUCGACGUCGAGGACGUGCGCGACUGGUACGUCACGUUCCUCAAGGCCGUCUCGAUCCGCUUGACGAUCGACACGGUCCAGUUCUUCUUCAACGCGGCGACGCGGACGUUCCCGCUGUACGUCGAGGCGCUGCAGUUCCGCCACUGCGCCGAGAUCCAAGUGCAGAUCGCCGUCAAGACGGUCAUCCUCAACGUGUUGCGCGUGCCCGACGACCGCAUGCGCCGCUUCCUCACGCAGCCGUCGAACCUCGCCUACUUCCUCGACCUCGUCAAGGUCAAUGGCAGCCUCGCAUUGGCGCUGCAAGCCGACGCGACUCGCCUCGACCGGUUCCAGUACAAGGAAGACAAGCUCGUCGACCAGUGGUACUACCUCCAGGACAUCCUCCAGGUGCCCAUGCCCGACCUCUGCUUCCGCCUCGGCGAAUGCCUCUUUGACGAGUACCUCCAGCACCUCCUCGCUCGGAGCUUGCUGCCGAAUUGCGCAGCGAACGCGGCGCCUCGCAUCUCGACGCUGUUAGCGCUGCAUCUUCUCACCCAGUUCUUCCAACGCUCGUCGCACACCCCACUGCUCCAUGCGACCGCCGUCAUGCUCUUGCACCCCGAGCUUCAAGGCACAACAUAUAUGACGGCUGCUCUCGGCAUGGGCGACAAGAAGGUCCUCGGGCGCACGACCUCAUUGGAUUCGAACCUACAGUCUGCUGCCCACUUGACGCCGUCGCUCUCGAGCGACAGCUUGCGGGUCAACGCCGUAAGCUUGUCGCCGACGGCGUCCUCGCGGGUGUCGUCGCCGUCGCCGGUGCUCCCACCGGUCGUAUUUGAACCCCACACCGACGACGACUGCAGCGCCGACCGGUGCUGCCUGUGCACGGCCUUUUCCAUCGGCGACUGGCCGGCCACUGACGUCCGGGCGACGACGUUCGACUUGACCUCCAACGUGUACCGCCAGGCGCUUCUGGCGCUGGUGACGAGCUCGCAGCCGACGCUACGCCUCGCGACCAUCACACUCUUGCGCACGAUCUUGCGACACCCGAGCAUCGACCGGUCGCUCUUGAAGGACCUCAUGCUCCUCCCACGUCUGGCGCCGCGCCUGAGCCUCCCGGCGUCGCCCGUCGGUGCUGCCCUCGGCUACGACGACGAUGACGACGACGACGACGACGACGAGGAUGCUCAUCCCGAGACCAAGGACGACCCCCGCGCCAGCUUUAUCGACCCUUCCUUCCCGCCCGUCUACGAUGCAGCGCUCAUUGAUGGCCUCCUCCGAGAGGUCGAAGCGCCAAUGCACCUCCAGUCGCUGCAGAUCACGCUCGAUAUGCUGUUGCACAUGACCGCGUCCGGGUCGGGGCGCGUUCCUUGCUGGGCGACCUGUUUUAGUGACCGCUUCAAGAACCUCCUCCAGCAGCACCGAGCCGACGUCCCCGACGACAUAGCCACGUGGGAAGCAGCAACGUCGACAAUGGUACGCGACAAGCGGGCCGAUGAGAGCGACUUUGAGGUGCAGUGGUCCGCGCUCGUCGCAGCGGAGACGUCGUUGUCUGUCUCGCGCGUGACGUUGCUUCUCGAACUCUUGCGCGCGUUCGAUGCGCUGCAUCUUCUGUCGCCGUCCAUCGGCCCCGCGAUUGCGGCGCUCUCAACCGACCAGCAAGAGGAAUCGGCGGUGCUGCGGCGGCACUGGACGCUGCGCGCGCCGCUGCCGCUGGCCGAGCGCAGCUUUGUACCAUGCGUCUUCGCACAGACCGACGUGUACUGUCUCCUGAACGCCGACCUCUUUGUCGUGGUGCGACCAGACGCGCGCGACCGGACAGUAGGGCUUGUGACACACGUGCAGCCACUGCACGCGGUCUCGAUCCAAGAGGAUGCGAUGCGUCUGCGCAUACGAGGCGGCGACGACAGCAUUUGCCUCGAAUUUCCGAUGCCCGAGAUGCGCGAGCAAAUGGCAGCGCACCUGCAUGCGAUGCAAGCGCAGCAAGUGGCAAGGAAGAUCGCGGCCAUCCAGACGCUGUUAACGGCGCAUGUCGUCGUCGUCUAG